GAAGAACCCAAAAGGCGAAUUCACUGAGUUGGGGAAAAAAAGAAGAAGAGCACAAACACAAUAAUAAGAAACCAGCAAUGGUGUCAGUUAAAUCUUGUGGCGGGGAGUGAAGAAGAGAAGUUUUUUUCUCUUGUUUCUGCUUUAGAAAAAGAGGACAGACAUUUCACAUUCAUCUCAGAUUCCCCUUCAAAAACCCUUUCUUUUGGGUGGCUCAUGGAACAUAAAUACUAAAGGAAUUUGAAUAUGUGCCGACUUUUUGUUUGAACGAACUGUCUUGCAAUAAUCUACAGUAAGUAGAAAUAAAUUUGGGCCGAUGACGAGGGUCAGUCCUGAAUUCGGGGAAGUUUGGCCGGUGUCUGCUGAUGUCAGCUUUCAGACAGAAAAGUUCCCUAAGUACAAGUUAGGACCCAACAAUGAGAUUUUAGAGGAGAUUAAAGAGGACUUUAAAGGUCCACCCUUGAAAGAAGUUGUUCUUGAAGAAACAAACCAGUUGACUGAACAACAUAGGCGCCUUUCUGUUCGGGACCUGGCGAGUAAAUUUGACAAGAAUUUGGCCUCAGCAGCAAAAUUGUCCGACGAGGCCAAACUUAAAGAGGUAGCAUCUUUGGAUGGACACGUGCUUCUAAAAAAGCUUAGGGACGCACUUGAAUGUCUGAAAUUAAGGUUGGCUGGUCGAAACAAAGAAGACGUUGAGAGAGCUAUUUCAAUGGUUGAAGCUUUGGCGGUGAAGCUGACUCAAAAGGAAGGCGAGUUGAUUCAAGAGAAGUUUGAAGUGAAAAAGCUAGUUAAUUUUCUCAAGCAGGCUUCUGAAGAUGCUAAAAAAUUGGUCAAUCAAGAAAAGUCUUUUGCUUGUGCCGAGAUUGAGAGUGCACGAGCCGUUGUGCAGAGGAUUGGGGAGGCUUUAGAAGAACAAGAAAGAAAUCAGAGCUCAGGCAAGCAGCAGGAACUCGAGGGGCUAAUCGAGGAGGUUCAAGAGGCUCGAAGAAUCAAAUUGAUGCACCAGCCUCGGAAGGUUGCGGAUAUGGAGAAUGAACUUCGAGACCUGAGGGUUCAAAUCCGAGAGAAGUGUACAAUUUCACUUCAGCUUCAAAACGAGCUGGCAAUGAGUGCGCAAGCUGAGGAAAAUGUAUCUCGACAUUAUGUGUUAAAAGGAGCUGAGAAUUUAGGUUUGAUUUUACGGAUUCAAACCUGUUCGGAUGAAGCAGUAGAGCUCGGGAAAUGUUCGAUCCAAUGGUACCGAUUGUCAUCUCAAUGCAGCCGAAGGGAACCCAUUUUAGGUGCAAACAAAUGUGUUUAUGCUCCGGAGCCCAUUGAUGUCGGGCGAGUUCUGCAAGCUGAUAUAGUUUCGAACGGGCUGAAGAUUACCCUCACUUCUAAUGGCCCGAUUCAGCAAGGAGGCGGCAACUCGGCAGCCAAGUCACUGUUUUGGCAGUCACGAAAAGGGCAGUCAUUUGUGCUCGUUUUUGAGUCCGAGCGAGAAAGAAACGGGGCACUCGUCCUCGCCAGAAAAUAUGCUUCCGACUCGAAUGUCUUGCUCGCGGGUCCAGAUGACGACGCUUUGCUGUAAAGACUGACAUCGUAGUUUUCGACUAAUGGCGGUAGAUUUUCGAGCUUCUUUCCUAAGUGUGAGCUUUUGAUUUUGGUUUGUGUUUGUGUGAAAAAUUAUUGGAUUUGAUUUGCCUUUGUAAUCCCAAUCUUGGCCUUCUUUGUUUGUAGUUGGUUGCAUUUGCUCUAGGCAUGGUUUUUUUGGGUUUGCCUAAGUCAUUUGGUUGUAAGAACAUAUUUAUUUUGCUAAUCUUUCGUUGUUGGCUGAUUUGCAGCUGUAUCAGUAACUUAUUACAUUCUGACUAAUGAUUCGACAAUUAUAUUUUUCAAUAAAUAUAUAUAUUUUUAUA